GAAAUAUUCUAGAAAGUCGCUUCCCAAAGUAAAUUGUUGUCAUUCCAAUCUUAAAUUUUCCCGGCAUUUUUGUUAGAAAUGAAAAAUAAUUCAAAAAUACGAAAAUUUUGAAAUUAUCAAAAAAUAUUUAGUUUCCCGUAUUCAAGGAAAUAUCGACGUUUUUUGACAAAAUUUCAUUUUUUGUGUAGACUAGAGCAAAAAAAUGUUAAUAAAUAAAGAUACUUCUUCUAGUUGAAACCGUCACCGCAUAUUCAAAAUAUAACGUAAUUAAUUUUCUAGAUGGAUUAGUCGUAAGAGCCGUCCUCAUGCCUGUUCCGCUCGUGCCUGUUGCGUCAACUUCCGCGACAUCUGCUUUUGGAGAGGAGCCUCCAAUUUUUGAAUCAACACCUCCAGAGAAUGAUGAUCCUUCCACCGCUGCCCUGCAGCCUGACCAACAAACUGAUCCACAGCUCGAACGAGAUGAUCAGCAACAUGAGCAAGAAGGAAUGGCCGAAGAUGACCGCGCUACUGCACGAACGUCACGCAAGCGUACGCGUAAUGUCAGUAAUUGGGCGAAGAAUGUCGCGAAACGCGCGAGGCAAGCUGGCGAGGCUUAUGUCAGUGUAUAUAAAGACAAAAGUCAAGAGGGUAAACUGAUUGCAUCUCGUAGCAUAAGACCUGGUUGCCAUGAAAAAUGUCGCAAUAAGUGUAGGACCUAUCUGUCAGAGGAGGACCGCAUUUUGCUGUUUAAAGAGUUUUGGGCUAUAGAGACUCAUAAAGAAAAGUGGGAAUAUCUUGCGAGGCGCGUUGAUACUUGCCCCGUUAAGGACAGAAAGACCCACUGGGAAUCGCGACGUAACGAAUCGCGAUCGUACAGUUUUCGCAGUAAUGGUCGCGUGGUCAAAGUGUGCAAAGUCAUGUUUUUGGACACGCUUGACAUUAAUGAGCAAUGGGUCAAAACGGCUUUACUCAAACAAGGGAUGGGAAGCGCACUCGAAAGUGAUAAUCGUGGCAAGAACUGUGGGCGCAGAACCUUGAACUCAGACUUGGUAGCAAAUGUCAAAGAACACAUACAACUGUUCCCAAAAGUUCCUUCGCACUAUUGUCGGAAAGAUAGCAAUCGUGAUUAUUUGGAUGAGAAUCUAUCCCUUCCUAAAAUGUAUACAUUUUACGAAGCCUGGAUGAAAAAAAAUCGACCCGCUGGGGAACAUAAGUUCACUUUUGCUACUUACCGGCAGUAUAAAGACAUUUUUGAUAGAGAGUUUAAUUUGCACUUCUUCAAACCGAAGAAGGAUCAGUGCGAUGUGUGCUACGCUUGGAAACAUGCAACACCCGAUGAAAGGCUCGAAUUGCAAGCAUCUUACGAUACGCACAUAGGGUUAAAAAAUCUCGCCCAAAAAAUGAAGAACGAAAAUAAAAAGACUUGCAACAAAGACUCUUCAUCGUGUGUUGCAUGCUUUGACAUGCAAAAAGUUUUGCCAUCUCCGCGUGCAGAAUCUUCUGCAUUUUAUUACAAGCGACAUCUUUCAGUGUACAAUUUUACUGUGUACGAUUGCACAAGACACGACGGUUUCUGCUACAUGUGGAAUGAAACGAUUGGUUCCAAAGGCAGUAAUGAAAUCGCCAGUUUUCUUCUCGAUUUCAUUGAGAAAAAAGUUGAGACAGGAGUGAAGAAAUUUUUCUUCUACUCAGACAACUGCGCUGGUCAAAACAAGAACCAAUUUGUUUUUUCCAUGAUGUAUCUUGCAGCCGUGCGUCACAACAUCGAAAUCACAUACAGAUUCCUGGAGACUGGACACACUCAAAACGAAGGGGACUCAAUGCACGCCUUGAUCGAAAAAAGGAGUAAAAAUGUGACCAUCCAUAGCCCUGAAGAUUGGAUUUCCAUUGUGAAAACAGCAAAGAAAGCGGGUUCAAAACAGUACGAUGUAACUGAAGUUAUUCAAGAAAACAUUUAUAAUUUUAAAGAAUUCGCGAAACAUUUGCAAUGGGAAAAAGAUAUGGAUGGAAAUAAAGUAGGAUUGUCCAAAAUCCGGGAAUUGUACGUAAAUUCAAAUCUUGAUCCUGUCGUUGAGUUCAAGCAUCAUUUCAGCGAAGAAUCGAAACGAUUAGAUGUAACAUCGGGUACAGGAGGACGUUCCAUCAAUUUGAGUUCGUACACUCUUAAAAAAGCGUACCGCGGUUUGCUACCGAUCGACAAAGCGAAAUUGGCCGAUUUGAAAGCGCUUUGCGCCAGAAAUCUUAUUCCCUCUGAGAAACAUGCAUUUUAUAAUGCAUUACGCGUAAAAAAUUCCUCGGAAUUCUAAAAGUGUCGAUCGACACAGCAAAAUUGAUCGGUUUGAAAUCGCUUUAUUGUGCCAAAAAUAGUCCCCUCUGAGAAACGCAUUUUUUCGUUACAUGUCAACAAUUUCUGGGAGUACUAAAUGUUUAAUUUCUUUAGUUGAAUAAAUAUAAUAAAAUCGAUUGCGUGCGAAAUUUUAUUUUUCAGAACGUGAAACUUUCAAAUCGCGAUUACUGAGAACAUGCACUUGGUCGAUACGAUAAAACGUUUUCGCAUAUCUGAGAUACGACGGAGCGUUUUCCAGUCGGUGAGUUACGAUACUCCGUCCUAAAGCUGCGAGAGAUACAAUGGAUCUGACGCGCGCACGGAGAUGCGUUAAAAUAAACACGGCCUGCUGAAAUACGAUACUUCGCGCCGGGCGCGAGAGUUACGCUAGUCCAUAUAGGACACGUUCAAUUACGAUUCUACUCCAAAUUCUGAGCGAGAUAAGAUAUAGCCGCUCGGGACCAUCGAGUCAAUUGUGUAAUAUGUGUUAUACAUUACACUAUUGAUAAAUGAUUUUGUGUGGGUGACAGACAAGUAUAAAAAAGGUUCAGCCCCACAUGUGGGAUAAAAAAACACAAACAUUAUUUAGUUACAAUACAUUUGUUUCUGUUGCCAAUUCUUGACCCAGAUUUUUUUUUGCCAACAUCAAGGAAAGAGCCAAGGCCCAACCUACCGAUCUUUUGAUAUUAGUGGGGCCAUUAUCAACAUGUUUUAUCAACUUAUACCCGAACACUCAAUAGCAGGCAUGUGUGUAGGAGACAAGCCGAUAUUGUCCCGAUCACCGUGAGCCCUAGAUUGGCCCUGCGGUGGUGAUGUCAGUACAGCCCCCAUUAGCAAAAUUACAAAUGACAGUUCAGUGUCUCCCCCCUCUCAGCUUUCAGCACCCCUCAUGCUCUAAUUUCGAUGUUGAUGUGUUGAGCAUGUGGUUCAGUGCAGUUUUUAAAUAAUUUGAAUUUGUUGCACUGAAUAAUUUCCGCCAAUUCUUAUAAUGUCUGCUAACAUUUGCAAAUAUUUUCUAUGGUUAGCAGUCUGUACGUAGUAUCCUCAUACCAAAUAGAAAGUUUUUUAUUUGGUUUUGGUUUGAGGUAGUAUUUAAGUAGUCUGUGGUUUAGUUCGAUUCGAAAUGUCUCAUGCUGGCACUUCACUUGCCUAUUCGUGUUUGCUUUAAGAAAACUUGACAUUAGUCUAUCCUUUUCAUUUUUUAUAAAGCAUGAUCUCAAGGACAGACUGUUGUCAAGCAGAGGGGGGACAGUUUGAUAGAAAUGACAUUAUUGUUAAGAUAGCAGCGCCUCUAGGGCAUCGCCCCGAAACUAAAGCUACAGAGUUGCUAGUAUUAUAAAUAGUAUUUUUUUUUUACUAGUAACUUGUAAUAUCAAUCAGCAUCACUGAUAUUACUAAAAUUGCGGCUAAUUGCGUACAUGCGCAUAGAGUACAUUAUAUACUAUAGUAAUAGAGAUAUCAGUUAACCUGAGCAUACAGCGCCAUCUAGCGAUUCAUGACAAUCACAAGUCAUGUACUACUGAACCGGUACCGGCAGCUUUAGAUGCGGUUAUUAAUAUGAAAAAAGGGAAAAACCAUACUGUGUUAAAGGUACAUUUUUAGAUAAUUUACCUACUAUUUGUUUACACAGUUUUUUUUGAUAAUUGUCUAAUUAUGUAGCUUUAACACAGUCGGUUAGAAUAAAUAAAGAAGUUUUAUAAAUCAAUUAUUUUUAUUUAUAUUAUUAAAUAUUUGCAUGCCAUUCUUUUAAUAUCUAAAAUUUGUACAAUUACGCACCUUUAUGGUGCCGUUUAAUAAUUUAUUUACCUCAUCACACCAGUUAUAUAUAAAAAAUCUACAAGCUUUCUUUAGCCAUGUUUUGUAAUUUGAGAUUCUUUUCAGUUAGCUUCUUCACCACCUUUUUUAAGUUAGUUACACUUUGAUCCAUUGCAGAUGCUGAAAAAAAGCUGCUGCAGACUUUUGCGCCCUCGCGAUUUUCUUGUGUAUUCUUCGUUUGUUUAGCUUAAAAUUCUUCCAGGCUGCGUUAAGUCGAUCCUCCGUAGUACUGUUUAGUUUGCGUAAACCAUUCUGUGAGUGAAACUUUUCUGAGACAGUGAGUGACUCUUUAGUGCAGUGAAAUGGCGUUUUAUAAUCGUUGUGUUAACUGUACUAUUACCUUACGAAAUCCACGUAUUGUAUCACGGGGAGUGUUGGAACUAGAUACACCUUUACGUGAUCUCUUGAUAUCUUGGAUUUCACCUAUUGAGGUUACAUCAGAAUACAGAGUUUGUGAAGAAUGCUUUGUUAUUCUUCAAACUCAAGCUCAGAUGGAUGAACCUUGCCGAAAUUAUGGACACAGAUCAGUAUGUUUGGGAUGUGGUGUGUCCGUUCUACGAGCAAGAAGCAUUCCUAUGGGUAGUAAUCGUCAUGAGUGCACUGUAAUACAAGCAUGGGUGCCACAGAUUCAGGCAGACCUCCAAAUAUUUACAAGAGUUUGCAGACCUUGCUGGAGGAGAGCUACUAGGGCGCAAGCAACAAGCACAGCAAGCUCACAACAAGAACUUUAUAAAUCAAUCGGUCUAAAACCACCGCAAGGUAAUGCUGUUAAGGAGUGUGACCCGAAGUGUACAGAUUCGACCAAAGAUAACCAAGACGGCGCAUUUAAUGAGAAAGUAUCGGAUAAAAAAAUUGAAGAUUCCAAUCCAAAAGCAGAGUUAUUAGCUGACAGUUCAAAACAUUCAGAGGAUAUCGCAGAUGGGUUAGUUUCGGAACCUUUAAAGCCUAAAGCCACAUACAGGAAUCCAAGGCUAAAAAUCAAAGAUGAAGAUGCAGAAGUAAUUGAAGAAUAUUUGAGUGACUUUGAGAGUGAGCCAGAAUGUCAACCUGAGACUGAAUCACAAGAGGACGCUGCAACAGAUGACACUUCGGAUCAAUUGUUACUGUGUCGUGGAUGUUUCGCCACUGACGUCAAAAUGUUCGAUCUAGACUCGAUGGAUUUGAAGCAAACAUUUGAAGAAUUCGUCGGAAAAACGAAGGUGGAGGAAUUGCCACAUUAUUUGUGCUCGUAUUGCGCGACAUCGCUCGUCAGGUUCUCGCAGUACAGGGAGAGGUGUCGACGCGCGGAAGUGUUGCUGCAACACUUGAGCGACAACAACAUGCUAAAUCCCACACUCAUCAAAUCCAUAGACAGGCCAUAUUACAAAGUAAACUUGAACUUGUCUAUAUCCAAACUCGUGCAUAUGGAAACCGAUGAGAUAGAAAUCAAAUCGGAAGAUGAUGAUGAAGAAGACGAUGUAAAAUCAGACCGCGAAGAAAGUGGAAUGUAUGCAAAUAUUGUAACCAAUGACAAGACGUUACAAACGGAUGAAGGAAUUAGUGAAACUAAUCCAUCCGUUAAAUAUUUACAAAAGGAUGAUGUAGCAAACAUGGAUAUUGAUCGAUCCAUUGUAUAUUUGCAAGAAAAUGAAGAAGGAAUUAGUAAUAUAGGACAACAAGAUGUUGAAGCGGAAAUCGACAAUAUUGGACAAUACGUGGAUUGCAUCGAAGAAAAUGAUCCAGAUAUAAGUGAUACCAAACAAUCUGAAGAUGACAUGGACACUAAAGUUAUAAAAGAGUUUUUAAAUAGGAUAAAUAAAAUAAAAGUUCCUUCAAAAAAGAAGAGUAUAGUGGAUACGUAUGAGAAGGAAUUCUCUAUGGAAGUAAAGAUUUUGACCAAAGAGGAGCAAUUGCAAUUCGUGCAGGCGAGGAAAUCGUCAAGCAACUAUUUAAAUUCAAAAUUUAGGUGCGACCAUUGUUUCAAAGGCUUCAUGUCUUCUGAAAAGUUUAGAAAUCACUUCAACUGCUUCCAUCACCCGGCCAUCGGUGAGCUCGAGUGUUCCAUGUGCCGAGCUAGAUUUGACAACAGAAAGAAGCUUCACUAUCACAUGGUCAACCACAAAUACUUAUUCAAAUGCAAGAUAUGCGGGUUCAAAACCACAAGACGCUUUGGUGCCAAAAAUCAUCAUUACAAACAUGCAGGACGAAAUUACACGUGCGAAUAUUGCGGCAAAUCAUUCAAAUAUAGCACAACUUACUUGUCACAUUUGAGGCUAAUCCACCGGACCGGCCUCAAUGUGUGGUGCAGAUUGUGCGGGGAUUCAUUUUUGAGCGAUUUAGGUCUCAAAGCUCAUCGAAGAUUAAUGCAUAUGAAUAUUGAAUAUCAGUGUCUGCAAUGCGGUUUAAGUUUUCUCAACGAAAGUGCGUUGUUAGUACAUAAUAAUGGACAGUGUGUGGAUAAUUGUUGUGCUCAGUGCGGUGAAAGUUGCCCCGAUGAGGAGUCUUUAAAAGUUCAUUUUACUGAUAAACAUGGUAAAGCCAAAUGUGCCUUGUGUAAUGUCGAGUUUAAGUCCCGUGUUGCGUUAGAGAGUCAUUUGGAAAACUCCAGUGCGAAGUGUAGGAACGUUAAAUGUUGUGUUUGGUGCGGGGAAUGUUAUUUGACGUCGGAUUUGUUAAAUGAACACAUCGCUUUUCAACACAACAAAUACAAAGUUUCCUGUUCUGUGUGCAACAAGGGAUUCCCCACCAAGAAGUCGUACAAUGACCACUACAAGCAGACCCACUGGGAAUCUAAACCACGCGGGCGACGCGACUUCAUGACGUGGCCCAGACAAUGGGGCCUCGUCGAGGGGGAGGAGGGAACAUAUAUAUCCACAUAUAACUCGCAAACCUCUGACCAACAGGAGGGUAAGGGAGGGAUAGUCUGUGAACUGUGCGGGAAAACUUACCCGAACAAAUUGUUGCUGAAGUUACACCUUCACCGACAUAGCGGUGUGAAGCCGUUCGCCUGCUCGGUAUGCGAUAAGAGAUUCAGCAAUUCUAUGUCACUCACGGUACAUUCCCGGGUUCAUACAGGAGAGAAACCUUAUAGCUGCGAGUAUUGUCCUAAAAGGUUCGCAAGAAAAUCCGCCAUCAACAGGCACACAUUGAUACACACGGGGGAACGGAGGCACAUCUGCCAGAUCUGCAACAAGGACUUUGUGACGUCAACAGACGUAAAGACGCACAUAAAAACUGUGCACCUGAAGAUUAUCACGCCGAGAGUCAGGCGGAGCAGAUCCAACAAACGUGGGGAUUGUGAAGGAUAAUUAAUUAUUAAUUUAUAUAAUAUUUAAGUGAUAUUUAUUAAUAAAUCAGUGAUUAUGAAGAUUUUUUGUUGUAUCAUUUUAAAGUUAUAGUCCCAGAUGAAGUAAAGAACGAUGAUGUUUUAAAGUUAUAGACACGUCAUCAUCAUCAUCAU